AUGGAGUCCUAUUAUUCGGUGUCGACGUUGGCAUUGUCUACUUGUAUUGUUGUAUUCUCUAUUUUGCUGGUCGGGGCAAUCCGCAGAGUCUACUUCCACCCACUUUCGCAGUUCCCUGGGCCUAUACUCGCGGCAGUCUCAAAUUUUCCAUACUCCCGCUCCUACCUCUCCGGCCGCCAACCCUGGAACCUCCUCCGCCUGCACCAACGCUACGGACCUAUAGUCCGCGUAUCUCCCACCGAAGUCUCAUUUUCCUCUUGCCAAUCAUGGACGGAUAUUUACUCCCCGCGUAAGGGCUCUGAAUUCAUCAAAUCCCCCUUCUACGAUGGCGGUAACUUCGCCGACCAGGCGCACUCGAUUGUAUCGGAGCGCGACCCAGAGAAACACGCGCAAAUGAGGAAGUUUUUAAGUCGCGCAUUUAGUGAGGGUAGUUUGAGGGAGCAGGAGGGUAUUAUUGGAGGGGUGAUUGGGAGGUGGGCGGAACGGGUUGGGGAGGUAAGCAAGGAGGAAGGAGGUGUAGAUUUAACUAGGUGGUUUAAUUUGAUGACUUUUGAUAUUAUUGGGUUGCUAGCUUUUGGGCAGGAUUUUGAGGGCGUGGAGAGUGGCAAAACACACUUCUGGAUUUCCGACGUACUAGGCAGCAUGUCACAAGCCAGUCUAUCCGAUACAUUGGGGCGCUUCCCAUGGGCCGGAAAGAUAUACAUGCUCCUCAGGCCGGGCUGGUUAAAGAGCCUGAUGGUGGCCGCAGAAAGGCAUCAGAGCUACACUAUCAAAGUCACGAAACAACGCAUCAACGAAAAGACAGACCGCAAAGACUUCAUGUCCUACCUCCUUCGCGACCGCCUCCACGCAGAUGGCACACACGUCUCAGACAUCCAACUCGCAGCCCACGCCUCAGAUUUCGUCAUCGCCGGCUCCGAAACAACCGCUACUACCCUCGCCGUCUGUAUUCACUACCUCCUUGCCAAACCAUCCGCUCUUCAAACUCUUACCGACGAAAUCCUAGACAAAUUUGACAAGGAGGAAGAUAUUUGUGCAGCAAGCACCGGGGGUCUCAAAUACUUACAUGCAGUCUGUCUCGAGGCUCUAAGGAUUUUCGCCCCCCUCCCCCUUGGCCUACCCCGCGUCGUACCCCAAGGCGGGGCUAUCAUCGACGGCUACCCCAUCCCCGAAGGAUUUAUCGUUAGCACAAACCCCUACGCCGCAUCCCUAUCCCCGACAAACUUCACCAACCCUCAAGACUUCAUCCCUGAGCGGUGGUUAGGCAAGAAUGAAAAAGAUGUGUUGGAUGCGACGCGGCCGUUUAGCCUUGGGAGCAGGAGCUGCUUAGGACGCAGUCUGGCGUGGUUGGAGAUGAAUGUUGCGCUGAGUAGGUUGAUUUGGAGGUAUAGCAUUGAGAGAGUUGGCAGGGAGGUCGACUGGGAGGGGGACAGUAGGAUGCAAUUGCUGUGGAAGAAGCCGGAGUUAAGAGUUAGGUUGACGCCGAGAGUUAGGGGGGAGAAGGCUUGA